AGUCACGCUGGAUUUCCGCUUGUUUCCUGUGCCCCGCUAAAGCAUGUAGCUAGCCAGAAAGGAUACCUAAUUAAGCUGUUGUGUCAUUGGUACAAGGAAAGGUGUUUUUCUGCAAUGGCUGGCAGCCGGCUUGAAAAGUUUGGCACGGUGUUUACACGGGUGCGGGACUUGAUGCGGUCUGGUGUCGUGAAACAGAAGGACAAGCCCAUUUGGUACGACGUGUACACCGCCUUUCCGCCAAAGAGGGACCCUCUGUACGUCAAACCUCAGAUCCAGAGAUAUGGAAAGGUGACGGAUACAGUUCCCGAAAUCUUCUACAAAGAGGAUGCGGUCAGAGCGAAAUUUUAUGAGAUGUAUGGAAAUGGACCAAAAGCUUUUGACCUCAGCAAAGCAAACUUCAUAUCAACCUGCCAAAGGUUUGUGGAGAAGUACUAUGAGCUGCAGUCACAGGGGCAGCUGGAGGGGGACGCUCUAUUUGAAGAGGCUGGGAGAGCACUACUUGCUGAGGGCAUCGUUCUGAGGAGGAGGGGCAGCUCUAUGGUGGCACCAGAGGACAGGGACCCUGUGCUGGAGAUGAAGCUAACGGACAUGCUGGCUGAGCAGCAGGCGGAUGCUCCAGGCACGGUGCAGACAGAGGGGGAGCAGACGCAUGAGCAGACUCCCGCGACGUCCCACUGAUGUGCCACACUGCCCCAAAAGCAACAGACCCCCCCACGUCAUGAUCAUAUUCAGCCAUCAAUCACAGUGCGUGCUCAUUUGCUGAGAAGGCAGGGCAGGUGUGGAAAAGGGGUGCAUGAUGAAGGUGUUCUCUUUGGCCUCCCCCUUCCUCCUGCACCCCCCCCCCC